UGACAUUUUAAGACAGGAGGCCUAACAGAUCCUGUCUCCACAACGCAGCUCUGCGCCUGUCUUCAUCAUCAUUGUGUUUGUGUCUCAGAGGUAGAGAAUAGCACCUGCGCGCGGUGGAAGACGGAACGUCUACUUACAGCUGCGGAGCUUCCGGCCUGCGGGGGAAAGGAGCCCGCCCCUCCCGGCUGCGCGCGCACGCGCAGUUAGUCACGUGAUGCUGGGGCGGGGCAGAUGGGCGGUACCGGCCGCCAUUGCUCCGUCGACGCUGUCGCCGGCAAGCGGUCAGCGUGUGUGUUUUUGUUUUGUUUUGUUUUUUAUACCGGAUUAAGCAUGCUGCUGCGUGACAGCAGAGGGUUAGGAAAAGGCGUAGUGGAGCCUGGAGCGGUCGUCCCCGACUCGACGCAGCUUCCGUUCUCCUGGUGACGUGGCCCACAGGACCCGCCCCAGUGGUCUGCCGCAGCCCUAUUGCUAGGCAACAGCGUGCGCGCGCUGAUCGGCGCGGGGCAGAGAAGUGGGAUUUGGAAGCUUAGGGGCACAAGCCCAGCGACUGCACCGGGAUGGACCAGUACUGUAUCCUGGGCCGCAUCGGGGAGGGCGCCCACGGCAUCGUCUUCAAGGCCAAGCACGUGGAGCCGAGGAAAGAGCUGGGCUGGCAUUGUCUGCCUUCUAUCCUGCAGACUGGCGAGAUAGUUGCCCUCAAGAAGGUAGCCCUACGGCGGUUGGAGGACGGUAUCCCUAACCAGGCCCUGCGGGAGAUUAAGGCUCUGCAGGAAAUGGAGGACAAUCAGUAUGUGGUGCAGCUGAAGGCUGUGUUCCCACAUGGUGCAGGCUUUGUGCUGGCCUUUGAGUUCAUGCUGUCGGAUCUGGCUGAGGUGGUGCGCCAUGCCCAGAGGCCACUAGCCCAGGCACAGGUCAAGAGCUACCUGCAGAUGCUGCUCAAGGGUGUCGCCUUCUGCCAUGCCAACAACAUUGUGCAUCGGGACCUGAAACCUGCCAACCUGCUCAUCAGUGCCUCGGGCCAGCUCAAGAUAGCGGACUUUGGCCUGGCCCGAGUCUUUUCCCCAGAUGGCAGCCGCCUCUACACACACCAGGUGGCCACCAGCUCUCUUCCUCGCAGGUGGUACCGAGCCCCUGAGCUCCUGUAUGGUGCCCGCCAGUAUGACCAGGGCGUCGAUCUGUGGGCCGUGGGCUGCAUCAUGGGGGAGCUGUUGAAUGGGUCCCCCCUUUUCCCGGGUGAGAACGACAUUGAACAGCUUUGCUGUGUGCUUCGCAUCUUGGGCACCCCCAGCCCUCAAGUCUGGCCGGUUUGGGGGAGCUCACUGAGCUGCCGGACUACAACAAGAUCUCCUUUAAGGAACAGGCACCCGUGCCCCUGGAGGAGGUGCUGCCCGAUGCCUCUCCCCAGGCAUUGGACUUGCUGGGUCAGUUCCUCCUCUACCCUCCUCGCCGGCGCAUCGCAGCCUCCAAGGCUCUCCUCCAUCAGUACUUCUUCACAGCUCCUCUGCCUGCCCAUCCAUCUGAGCUACCUAUUCCUCAGCGUCCAGGGGGACCUGCCCCCAAGGCCCAUCCAGGCCCCCCCCCACGUUCAUGACUUCCACGUGGACCGGCCUCUUGAGGAGUCGCUGUUGAACCCGGAGCUGAUUUGGCCCUUCAUCCCGGAGGGGUGAGAAGCUGGCCCUGGUCCUGUCUGCCUGUGCCUAAGGACCACCCAGUCCACUUGUUCCUCUGCCACCUGCCUGGCUCCACCCUCCAAGGCCUCCCCAUGGCCACACUGGGCCCACUCCACAUCACACCCUGCCCCUUAACCCUUGUGAGGGCUGGUCUUGAGGCAGAGGUUAUGCUCCUAGCCAAGAUCAUGACAGCAUCCAGCCCAGCAGAGGAGAUUCACAGCCUGUGCUUGGUGAGUCUGUGUGCUGCCGACCUACCCAUCAGAACAGUGAGCUCUGCUGCCAGUCAAGGCCUGCCUGUGCAGAAUGGCAGUGCCUGCCUUGGUGCUGCUUCCCUAGGUGUCGCCUCCUGGUCAAGGAGAAGUGCAGAGAGUAAAGCGUCCUCAUGUUGGAAACGCAAGUGGAAGGAUGAGUUGGUUCUAUUCUCAGAGAUAUUAAACAGUAACUAGUUCAGUAUAUGAGGUUAUAGAUUCUAAAAACCUUAAGUGUCUCUGUGUUAUGUCUGUUCCUCCUCCAUUUCUCUCAAGGGAAAUAAAUAAAGUGGCAUUGUCUCAUGGCCCUCAUUUUUGGGGGGUUCCUGGGCAAGGUGGCACCAAGCACAGGCACUUUUGCCCUGAGGGCCUCUUGUGUGCUUCCUAUGACUGAGCACUCAUUCGGAAGUGAGGGAGACGGAAGUCUAGGCCCAGGGAUGGCUCCAGCUGGGGAUCCAGCAGGAGACCCUCCAUACUGAGGCUGGUUUACCGACAUCUGCUCUCUCAGGAUGAGUGUGAGCCAGAAGCAGCUGUGGAUUUAAGGAAACAAGCAUUCCUGGAAUUCAUUCUUUAAUUUAAUAAAUCUCAAUAUAAUCCCA